UUCCAAUAUAAAUCAAGAUGGUCAAGCCAAAGAAGGGUAGGAAGAAGGUGGCUGCUGCCCCUCAUGUGGCCAAAAAGGCUGAGGUCAAGAAGGUUGUCAACCCUCUUUUCGAAAAGAAGCCAAGGAACUUUGGAAUUGGCCAGGAUAUCCAGCCCAAAAGGGACCUUAGCAGAUUUGUACGAUGGCCCAAGUACAUCCGCCUUCAGCGCCAGAAAGCUAUGCUCUUGAAGCGUCUGAAGGUACCGCCGCCAAUCAACCAGUUCAAACAGGCUUUGGACCGGCAGACCGCUGUUCAGCUUUUCAAGCUUCUUGACAAGUACAGACCCGAGACCAAACAGCAGAAGAAGCAGCGCUUGAGUGCUCGUGCGGAGGAGCGUGUCAAGGGAAAGGAAGACCUCCCAACCAAGCGCACUCUGAUGGUGAGAUCUGGAGUCAACACCGUUACAACCCUGAUAGAGCAGAAGAAAGCUCAACUCGUGGUUAUUGCCCACGAUGUUGAACCUAUCGAGAUUGUUCUCUUCCUCCCUGCAUUGUGCCGCAAGAUGGACGUACCUUACUGCAUCGUCAAAGGAAAGGCACGUCUCGGACGUGUCGUCAGGCGAAAAACAACCACUUGUAUGGCUCUCACAUCAGUUUACCCUGAGGAUCGAUCCCAGUUAGCCAAGGUCACGGACGCUGUCAAGACGAACUUUAAUGACAGAGCAGAGGAGAUCCGACGUCACUGGGGCGGUGGUGUGAUGGGUGCCAAAUCUCUGGCCAAGCUAGCCAAGAUUGAGAAGGCUAAAGCAAAAGAAAUUGCACAGAAAAUGGGCUAAAUUAUAAUGUAAAAUGUACAAAUUGAAUAAAAAAAAAAAAGGAAGA